AUGGGUAUGGGAGGGCCAGAAGAGUACUAUGUCGUUGUUGCCCUCGCAAAGGAUCUCGUUCUUAACCCACGGAGCUGUUCUGCGGGCUUACUAAAGACUUAUCGGGUGUCCCCGACUGGCGAUAAAUUGGAAUUUGUCCACGACACACAGGUGGACGAAUUCCCCACCGCUCUGUGCGCCUUCAAGGGCCGCCUGCUGGCUGCGGUUGGUCAUCGCCUGAGGCUGUACGACAUGGGCAAGAAAAAGCUACUUAAAAAGUGUGAGAAUAAGCAUUUCCCCAACCUCAUCAACGGCAUUUACAGCGUGGGCAAUCGCGUCAUCGUCACCGAUGUACAGGAGGGUGUUUUCUGGGUGCGCUACCGCCCGCGAUCUGAUAACCAAUUAGUCAUCUUCGCUGACGACGCUAGCCCCCGAUGGAUCAUCCAUCUCGCCGUGUUGGACCAGUGCACGGUGGCCGUGUCGGACAAAUUCGGCAACAUUGUUCUCCUACGUCUACCCGCCAACGCAAACGACGAGAUUGAGGAGGAUCCGAGCGGUAAUCGUUCGCUCUGGGACAGAACGGCCCUCGGCGGUUCUAGCCAAAAACUGGAGGGGAACUAG